GAAAACCAAAACUAGAAGAACCAAAGCGCCCCACCCCCCAAGAAUUUCACCAGCCAAAUUAUAACAUGGGAGGCCAUCUAAUUUUGUUUUCUUUUUAUUCCUAUAGGGUCUGUGUCAUUGAAGACAAUGGGGGUGAUCUAGUCGGUUUCUAAAAUACCCUUUACCAUUAUUAUGCAUCACCUAUCUUUCUCCCAUGCAACAUGAAAAUGAACGGUUAAUGGAAUCUCAAAGUGAGCAUCAACCAUCCUUCUUUAGCCACCUUUCCAUUACAAUUUCACCUAAGAAAAUUAUAGCUUGCUUUAGAGAGAGAAAUAGAUUUUUUUACUAAUCCUGUGUUGGGUGAUUGUUAAAGGGUCAAUUUUUUGUCUAUAAAUGUCCAUCUUCUGAACCAAAAAACUUGCUCCUUUUUUUCCCAACUCAAAACUGUUGUUCGAGCACCAGAAAGCUCAAUUUCUCAUAGCUCAAUCCCUUGCCAGAUUUUGAGGCAUGGAAUUCCCUGAUGUAGAACCAGAAGGCUCUUCCCAGAAAAAGAUAAGAAGAGGCAAAAUUGAGAUUAAGCGGAUCGAGAACACCACUAAUCGGCAAGUUACCUUCUGUAAGCGACGCAAUGGACUGCUCAAAAAGACCUAUGAAUUAUCUGUGCUUUGUGAUGCUGAGGUUGCUCUCGUAGUCUUCUCCAGCCGCGGCCGUCUCUAUGAAUAUGCUAACAACAGUGUAAGAGCAACAAUUGAAAGAUACAAGAAAGCAUGUUCAAAUGGUACAAACCCAGCAUCCGUUGCUGAAGCCAACAUUCAGUUCUACAAGCAAGAAGCCACCAAACUCCGACGACAAAUUCGUGACGCUCAGAACAUGAACAGACAUAUCCUAGGUGAGGCUCUUAGCUCGUUGACCUUUAAGGAACUCAAGAACCUGGAAGGCAGACUGGAGAAAGGCAUUUGUAGAAUUAGAUCCAAAAAGAACGAAUUACUGUUCGCAGAAAUAGGAUUCAUGCAAAAGAGGGAAGUUGAACUGAAGAAUGACAACAUGUACCUGCGAGCAAAGAUAGCUGAAAAUGAAAGAGCGCGAGAACAAUCAAACCAGCUGAUGCAAGACUCCUACAAUUGCAACUUUCUGCCACUAAACCUGGUGGAACCUAGUAAUGAUUACUCCAACCAACACCACACUGCUCUUCAACUUGUAUAAGCUUCCUUCUCCCUUCCAUCCACAAUUCCAGCUGACAUGCAAGCAGCAGCCUCCGAUGGUUCGACCAACUUUAUCUCUGAUUAAGCAUAUAUAUAUAUAUAUAGUUUAUAAAGAGUUGAACACUUUCUGUUGGUGAUGAUGCAAAGAACUUGGGAUUUCUUUCAACUGUUUUAUUGUUUAUUUGUGUUAUAAGCUUCUUAAUUAAAGUUCUUGAUAUACAGAA